AUGUUCCUGAGUGCUAUAGGCUAUAAAACAUCACGCUACGAUCUAACAGAGCAGCGAGUGAAAACGCUCGACAGAAUGGAAUCCAAUGACAUUAGAUUAGGAUUUGCUACACCUUAUUCGAAGAAAAUUUACAGUGCUAUCAAAAUUGCGAACCCAGCGUUAUGGCAAAGAGAAGAUGACGUCCUGAUCAGCUCACCAAAUCACGAACUAAUAGAUGCAGUGUACAUUACAGAUCUACGACCAGAGAAAGAUGGUAUAUCAUAUAUUGAAGCUGGUGGAAUCGGAAGUAAAACAGUAACAAUCGCUUUGAAGAGUCCGUCACUUUUACGAGGAUAUAAAUUUGCUAUUGAAGUUUAUGCACAGAGUUUACACCACGGAUACGGAACGAAUAUUUUGCCGGUUCAAGGUGCUGGGUAUCCAAGAGCUGGUUUGAGUGGAUAUGGGAGUCAAUAUCCUGGAUAUCCAACUGCUUAUUCUCCUGUAGGAGUGUAUCCAAAUAGCCCGAUAGUUGGCAAGAAGUGA